AUGGAAAUCUUGGAUAAUUCAGAUGCAAUAGUCAGUGAUGACGAUUCUUUGAAGUUGGAUUGCAGAAUUAUAGUACCAAAGUUUAAGAAAGAAGAAUAUGAUACAUUUUAAACCGAAACUUAUACAUCAGUCGUGGCAAGAGUGAAAUAGAUUAGAUCUAAUUCAUAAGGAUUUCGAUUCCUCUAGUCCAAUCAAGUUAGUCCUUAAAGUUCCCUGAAUUUCACCUAUAAAAAACUAAUUUAAUGCACUUAGCUAAAUUUAGAUGAUGAAUCAAAUAAAUCCAAAGUGGAGUCACACUUUCUACCUGUAUAAGGAUAGAGAAAUAUUCGCAAACCAAAUAGAAUGAACAACACUCUCCAAAGUCCUUUAGGUUCAGUAGAACAUAUAGGCAAUUCUCAGACACCAAUAAAUUAAGAAUAAAAUGCAAUUAGAAUGCGAACUCAAAUUAUUCAACCAUUAUGGAAACAAUCUGUAAUAAGAUAAGACAAAAGAUAAUUCACUUAAACAUAUAACAGUUGUACUUUAGACGUAUCCCCCAUUAAAAUUACUAGGUAUUCAUAAAGAUAAAUUUACGUAACUUAAUUGGUUAAUACCAACUAAGUACCUUUAUAGGAAAAGUUGAGUCUUGUGUAAUUGGAGAACAAGGAGAAACUUUGCAAAUUGCCUUUAAGACUAUUCAGAAGCAAAACUAAUACAGUUAAAUUUACUAAACAAAACCCUUAACCCAAAAGCAUCCUCAAGAGUAAAUUAUGCCAUAGUGAAGAUGGAAGGCGAAGAAAAAGUGGUUUAUAAGAAUCACAAAAUGUAAUUAAAAAAGUAAGUUUUCAUUAAAUCAAAAUACCUUAUUCUGUUUCACUCCACAACAAGAAAGAAGUUCUUUAUCAACAAUAAUAUAUUAGAAUAUAAUGA